AUGAAAGGUACCACAUGCGCUAUUGAUUAUAGACUGGCACCACAACAUCCUUUUCCUGCCGCCGUAGAAGAUGCAUUGGCAACUUAUUUAUACAUGAUUGACCCACCAAAGGGAAUUCAACCCAUUAGCCCUGAAAAGAUUGUGGUUUCUGGUGAUUCCGCAGGCGGAGGUCUGACGUUUGCGCUUUUGAUCGCUAUUCGAGAUGCGAAGUUACCAGCUCCCGCGGGGGCAAUGACUUUAUCACCAUGGGUGGAUCUUACACAUUCAUUUCCUUCCAUUAUGACUAAUAUUGCAACGGAUUAUCUUCCUCCCGUUGGAUUUAAACAUGCUCCAUCGCCCGCAUUAGACUACGCACGUUUGCCGUAUAAAAAAGAAGAUGCGGAGAUGUUGGAACAAGCAAGAGCUGAAGCAUCAGCUUCUGUGACAACAGAUACGGAUGGUAAACUUGAAGUGCCUGUGGACAAGAGUGACGCGAAUCGACGUAUUUCUAUUGGACCCUUUGGAGAAUGCAUACCCAGAGCUAGUAUUGAUGGAUCCGAUGUUUAUCGUGUUCAAUUUUAUGCCGAUAAUGAUGCCUUGAAGAUACCCAUGGUUAGUCCUGUUUUUGAUCGACGGCACUUACGUGGUUUGCCACGUGUUUUAGUGCAAUGCGGUACAGCCGAGCGGUUACGUGACGAAUCUGUUUAUCUUGCCUUACAAGCUUCUAAUGCAUUUUCGGAAGAUAAUGAAAACACCGCAAGCCGUGAUAAACUCACAAAUAUUACAUUAGAAAUGUAUACAGAUCAACCACAUGUGUUUCAAUUGUUUUUCUCCCAUAAAUGUACUUCCCGUGCAGUUAAGAACCUUGCAGCAUUUGUACGUGACGUGACCAAUUCACCUGCCUCUCAUAAUAACAGCAAACAACGUAAAAAUGAGCAUCAGCAACAACAUCAAUUGACUACAAAGGACCAUGGCUGCAAAGCCAAUUAUCUAUCCGAUGAAAAGCUUAAUAUUUGGAAGAUUGAUCCACAAGGAAAUAUGGCAGAUGUUAAAGAACAAAUGUUGAAGAAUUUCUCUCGAGAAGAAUGGAAGGAAUGGAAAAGACGCUUGGACAGACCAAGUAUUAAAGAGCGUAUCGAUGAAGUUGUGGACGCGUUCAAUAAGUUUGCUAAAAAUGAGCCUACCGCUCAGGAUAAACAGUAA